GGCAAAUCUUUUCUUACUGGGGUGGCUGUUUUCUAACUGGUUAUGCAGACAUAUCGAAGUUAAUAAUUAUGUUUACACUGCUAACACAACUUAUUCGGACAUAAAACAAUUUGUAAACAGCUUGUACUCUUCAGCAAUCUCCUACAGACCAGCUCUGAUUUUAUUAUUGUUUCUAAAUGAGAUAUUAACUACCGUCGAAGCUCUCCACUGUCCCCACAGACAACAAAGUAGAAAUAUCUAAGUAGAGACUGCCAGAGCACCUGGUUUCCUGAAGACACAGGAGACUAAGGUGGGAAUGGAAUGCAUUUGUGGCAGAUACAAUAAGAAAAUCAUAGAAAACAAUCAGAAAUUAACAGGGUUAAUUAAACGGCGGUUGAGAACACUUUAGUCACCAUAGGAAAGCUAAGUAUUUUGGAAAGGCUUGGCACAUGCCGUUACUUAAGCUUUGCCUACUGCCAAUCUGGCAUUUCUCUGACGGAGACUGGCUCUUCAGCCUCUCGGGAUUCCCAGAGCGCCUUGCGCGUCUCUUGGCGGGAAAACGCCUGGAGGUCACAAGGCUGCUGCCGCGCCUGUGAGGGCGACGGUUGAGGGGAGACGCCUGCGCAUCCCACAGAGCGCGUGCUGCGUGGUGCAGGUUUCGUGGUCGCUGGUGCCAGUCCUCAGACGUUCCGUUGAAUUAAAGAAAAAACUUUAUCCGAAGAUGGCCACUGCACAAUUGCAAAGAACUUCCAUGAGUGCAUUGGUGUUUCCCAAUAAGAUAUCAACAGAGCAACAGUCUUUAGUGUUAGUGAAGAGGCUCCUAGCAGUUUCAGUAUCCUGUAUCACAUAUUUGAGAGGAAUAUUUCCUGAAUGUGCUUAUGGAACAAGAUACCUAGAUGAUCUUUGUGUCAAAAUUCUGAGAGAAGAUAAAAACUGUCCAGGAUCUACACAGUUAGUGAAGUGGAUGCUAGGAUGCUAUGAUGCUUUGCAAAAAAAAUACCUAAGGAUGGUUGUUCUAGCUGUAUACACCAAUCCAGAAGACCCUCAGACAAUUUCAGAAUGUUAUCAAUUUAAAUUCAAGUACACUAGUAAUGGACCAAUCAUGGACUUCAUAAGUAAAAACCAAAACAGUGAAUCUAGUAUGUCAUCUGCUGACACCAAGAAAGCAAGUAUUCUCCUGAUUCGCAAGAUUUAUAUUCUAAUGCAAAAUCUGGGACCUUUACCUAAUGAUGUUUGUUUGACCAUGAAACUUUUCUACUACGAUGAAGUUACACCCCCAGACUACCAACCUCCUGGUUUUAAGGAUGGUGAUUGUGAAGGAGUGAUAUUUGAAGGAGAGCCUAUGUACUUAAAUGUGGGAGAAGUCCCAACACCUUUUCACACCUUCAAAGUAAAAGUAACUACUGAAAAAGAACGAAUGGAAAAUAUUGAUUCAGCUAUAUUAUCACCAAAACAAUUAAAAACACCACUUCAAAAAAUUCUCAUGGACAAAGAUGAUAUAGAAGAUGAACAGGAGCAUUAUAUAAGUGAUGAUUUUGACCUUGAGACUAAAAUGGAAGAGCAGAAAAAAAAACCCAGAUCUUCUGAACUUGGAGAACCAAAUUUAGUGUGUGAGGAAGAUGAAAUUAUGAGGUCUAAAGCAAGUCUAGAUCUUUCAAUUUCUCAUUCUCAGGUUGAACAGUUAGUCUGUAAAACAUCCGAACUUGAUGUGUCUGAAAGCAAAACAAGAAGUGGAAAAAUCUUUCAGAAUAAAAUGGCUAAUGGAAAUCAACCAGUAAAAUCUUCUAAAGAAAAUCGGAAGAGAAGUCAACUUGAACGUGGGAGAACAGUCCUUCAUCACUUUGAUUCUUCUAGUCAAGAGUCAGUGCCAAAAAGAAGAAAGUUUAGUGAACCAAAGGAGCAUAUAUAAAAAUUAAUUUUUUCUUCUGCAUGUUUGUGAAGUUCUCAACAUUUCAACUACUGGACAAUGUAUUACUAUUUUAACGUGUGUUUGCCAUGUGAAAAUUUAUACAUUGUGUUAAGCAGUUAGUACAAAAAUAAAUUUUUAGCUGUCAUAUUGUGAUCCUUAAUCUUAUCUGAGACAGUGCAAGAGAACUUUUGGAUAAAACCAAAAAUACCAGUGUCAUAACUGAUUUGCUCAUUAUCUACUCAAUAUUGAUCUAUCUUCCAUUUUGGUAGAUACUUCCUUUAAACAUAUAUUAACCUUUAAGGUACUCUAGAGCCAAUUUUAAAAACAAAUAAUGUUCAUUUUGUUGUUAAAUUUUGGUAGGAAUUUACUUUUUACUUAUGUUAAAACUGUAACACUUAACUGGUUAUUUGUCCCUGUGUCAUUAAAACAAUGUGCUUUGGUGCUUUGAUAGAGUGUACUAACAUGGUAAUAUAUAACAUACCAUUAAAAAUUGGUUAUUUUUUUUAUCUUUUUUUUUUUUUGCUUCAAGGCAAAAUGAGGACUGAUUUUUAAGGUCUGGCAUUUUGGGCAGCAUAAAUAAAAUAUUCUUCAGCAUAUAGACUCUUUCAUGUCUUCUAAUUUUUAUUUAAUUAGCAGAAAAUAUUUGGUUACUAUUUUGAGAUCAUUUUGGUAAAUAAUACUUUACAAGAGUUGAGCACACUUCCCAGAACCUUUGAGUGGUAGUGUGAAAGACUGUGCGUUUAGGGAGAAACCUGAGACCUGGUUUCAGCUUUGAUCGUUUCCUUUGCCUUAAAAAAGAAAGACUUAAAACUUGGUCUGUUUGCUUCUUGCAGUUUAGCAGCCGCAUUAUAAAACAUAGAUUAUCCAUAGGUUUGCCACUGAGAAGGGCUAAUAGAGAAAGUUGGUGUGUAUGUAAUGGUAGAAAUGUACUUAACCUGUUUAAUGUAAACCAAAUAAACGUCCACAAACUGACCCAGAUCAGGUUUUUCUGGAACAGGAAAGUUGAGGACAAGCUAAUUUUCGAAAACAACCAAUUUUAAAUGUUUGUUUGUCCUUAGCUUUCUUGGAUCCUAGCACAUCUCACCUAAUUGUCCUAGCAUACGCUGGUACAGUUAACACACCUGCUACAGAGACUGACCAACAAAAACCUUUGUAGAUCGGCAGCUUGCGCUAGCUCACUGAACGCUUUGAUUGGCCGGUUCAAUGGGGGUGGGGAGCGCAGCUCCCUUUCCUCUCUUCUACGAAGGUUACUUCAUUGGAUUGACCAGCUGUCAGGUUGACCCAAAC